CCCCUCACCUAGGGUUUCCUCCCACCACGCCUCCUCCCCUUCCAACACCAGCACCCGGCGGCGGCGGCGGCGAGCGGCGGAGAUGACGACGAGCCUGAAGAAGAACCGGAAGAAGCGCGGCCACGUGUCCGCGGGGCACGGCCGCAUCGGCAAGCACCGGAAGCAUCCGGGAGGCCGCGGUAACGCCGGUGGCAUGCACCACCACCGCAUCCUCUUCGACAAGUACCACCCGGGGUACUUCGGCAAGGUGGGCAUGCGCUACUUCCACAAGCUCCGCAACAAGUUCUACUGCCCGUCGGUCAACGUCGAGCGGCUCUGGUCGAUGGUGCCCGCCGACAAGGCCGCGGAGGCGGCGGCCGGCGCCGACAAGGCCCCGCUGGUGGACGUGACGCAGUUCGGCUACUUCAAGGUGCUCGGCAAGGGGAUGCUGCCGCCCAAGCCCAUCGUCGUCAAGGCCAAGCUCAUAUCCAAGGUCGCGGAGAAGAAGAUCAAGGCCGCCGGCGGCGCCGUCGUGCUCACCGCAUAGGUCCUUUUACAUCUUGUUUCGUCUAUCUAUGCUAAGAGAACAUCUGAAUUUGUUGUGGAUCCUGAGUUUUGAGACCCUGGUUUUGUGCACUUGGUAACGAAUGCCAGUUCAUUUACUUGAAAUGUUUCAGAUAUAUCAUUGCCUGA